ACAAAAUAAUCUCUAUUGCGAAACAAGAUGGCAGUCAUACCUAGAUCUUCCUAUUAUGACAAGCAUUACAAACAAUCUGCAGCUCUCAUUCGAGCGAGGAGGCCAUAUCUUGUUAAAAAUGCCUUAACAGGAUUAGGAAUAUUUGGUUUUUGCAUGGGAGUCUACGUUUUCACACUCAAAGCCGUUUCUCAAGACGAGUUCGAAGACGUUAAAGUUCCCGAUGCUCCGGCGCAAUCACCUCAAGGGAAAUGAACAAAGGGAGAAAAAGGGAGCAAGCAAAUAUAGAAGGAAUCGAAGAGGGAAUCUGUACAACAAGGAUAGCGUUGGACCGGAGUUUUUCGACAGAAGCACAGGUGAAUGGGAAUGCAUGGCGUUUGAUCACAAAGACACUCCAAUUCGGUAU